UAUAGUUAUUAAGUGAAGAGCAAGAAAAUGUCCUCCUUUAACUGUAGUCCUGUUUUAAGCGGUAGUGAUGCCAAAGACGGCGGUGUGCCUCUAACACUAGCCCUGAACAUAUCCUUUGCUACUGUUAUACUGAUUGCUUUUUGUCUCAUGCACGUUUUUCUUAAAGAUUUCAUCAUGGCAGCUGUCAAAAACAAGAGGUGGCCACCCUUGCUCUAUAGGCAUAAAGUCGAAGAGAGGGGUGGGGAGGAGCAAGAGGGGGAGGAGCAAGAGACGGAGUCUGAUGGUGAUGACACUAGUGAUGAGGACAGGAACAGGAGAAGAAGAGGAAGCAGUUUCAUGCCAGGACGAGAUUACUGUGAAACGAUAGUUAAGUUUUUCACUAUGAGGGAAAGAGACGUAAGAGUUAGAAGUGGACCUGACGCUAGUCUUUACUUGAUGCUCCAGCUGUAUUUAUUAAUCAUUUUAAUUAUAUUCUCAUUCUUCUCAAUCGUAUUCAUUUUACCAGUAAACUACCUCUCGGGAGACCUCCAAGAGAAAAAUUCUUUUGCCAGGACUACAGUAGCUAAUUUAAAAGGAGAGAGUAAGGCGUUAUGGACCCAUGUUCUUUUCUCAGUACUGUACGUGAUUAUUGCUGGAGUGUUCAUGAUCCAUUACUAUUUGAGACUGGGGAAACUACAGCAUCAAGUGUCGUCUCAUACUAUCAUGAUAUAUGGUAUUCCAAGUUUUGUACAUGUUGAAGAUCUCAUGCAACAUUUUGAAGAGGCGUUGCCAGGCACCCAGAUAAUUGACAUCAGGUUUGCCUAUGACAUCAACGAUUUACAGAAGAAAUGGAAGAAAUUAAAAGAGGCAAAUAAUAAUUUGCAGAUUGCUGAAGCUUAUGAAGCAGAAACUGGCAGGAAACGAAUGAUCCACUCCUCAAAUUGCAACUGCUCAAAUGAUGAUCUUGUUGAUGCUAAGGAGUUUUAUUUGACUAAAGUCGAUCAUUUAAAAGUUGCUGUUGCCAUGGAGAGGAGCAACGCCCUCGCCCACAAACUUCCUAUUGCUUUUGUCACAUUUGCCAAAGGAGUCACACCAAAAGUUUAUGUUGAGUCAUACAGGCCUUGUAGAAGGACACCACAGUCAAGUCUUUCUGACAGUAUUAAUUCUAAUAAUUGGGAACUCUUUUUGUCACCUCUCUCGUGGGAUUUAAUAUGGGAGAAUUUAUCGUCUAAUCGUGUAAUUUGGUGGCUAAGAUGGUUUGCUCUUAAUUUGAUUUUAAUUUUGUUUGUAAUAUUCUUCACAACUCCGCCUGUCAUUUUAAACAGCAGCGAAGAGAUAUGGAUCUACUUUAAGCACAAAGCAGGAGAAUUAAAUAUAACAAUAAAGAAUGCCACGGGAUAUGGCGUCCCUGGUUUUGUUCAGUCAUAUUUUGCAUCAUUUCUCAGCAUCCUGUUAGCAUCUCUGAUGAUGUACUGUAUCACUAAGAGUGUAGCCUUUGAAUAUCACUGGUCAAAGUCUAGGGUUGAGCAAACUACGCUACGAAAAGCAUUUCUAUUUUUAUCUUUGCAAGUUAUAGUAUUACCAUCUCUUGGUUUAACGAGUUUGAGUGCAGUAGCUGCUCUUAUUGCACGUAAUGAUGAAGUGGGUAUUGAUAAUCAAUUAAGUUGUGUGUUCCUCCCUAACAACGGUGCCUACUUCGUAGCCUAUAUUAUCAUAGCGACGUUCGUUUGGUCGCCAUUGGAGUUGCUACGGUUACGGCAGCUAGCUAUAUAUAUCUAUAGACGAAUUAGAGCAAAGACUAAACUGGAGAAGCGACAGAUUAUCAGAGAAUAUGAUUUCAAGUUUGGCUCUAAAUAUGCUUCUAACCUCAUCAUAUUCACAAUGACGUCGGCAUUAAGCCUGACCACACCUCUCGUUGUACCGUUUGGAGCUUUGUUCUUUGGCAUCAAAUACCUGAUUGACAAGUAUAACCUGUUAUAUGGGUAUAAACCAGUUUAUGUGAGUGGACGACAGUACCUUCACAAGUCGGCCAUGAAACUGGUGAUGGUGGGUGUGGUCUUUGUUCAAUUUGUGACUCUCUUUUAUUCAGUUGUAAGAGAAGGUUCUGUAUCUGCUAGAUCAAUAGUCCUUUUAGUGCUACUGAUAGUCACUGGUUUACUGUUAUUUGGACUGUUGGUCCUUGGAUGGUUCUCUUAUCUUUUACCAAAAAUAAGAAUUAAAAUGGGACAGGAAUACUCUAUAUUUGGUUUGAACGAAGAGGAGGAAGACAGAAUAGUGGAGCCCGGUGAAUAUGUCGCUCCUGUGUUAAUGGCUACUGGUGAUGAGAUACCUGGAGAUACUGUAGAGCAACAUUUGGAUAGAGAAGGGGAAGGAAAAGGAGGUGUGGCUCAAAGUUACGAGUCAUUCGGUAGAACUAUUGCUGGAGGUCAGAUAAAGUUAAGUCCAAGUAGAAGGAGUGAUGCUAAAAGGACUAGGGAGAAGGAGCGACCACCAUCACUUGUUGUUGAAGAAGAGGAUGGUGUUGUUGAAGAAGAGGGUGAUGACAUUGAAAAUGAAAUCAAAGACAAUUAAACAACUACAUAUAAGAACACUGCCAAUUGUUAUCGUUAUUAUUGCAUAUUAAACUGAAUUGUUAAGUUUUGUUAAUGUGAUUGUAGCCAUUUUACUUUAUUAUCGUGCAUUAUACAUGAUCUUGUAUUACUACUUCAUGUGUAACUAUUUUGACUUUUGUUAUUAUUAAAAUUUGUAGGUCUUAUUCUCUUCUUUAACUAAA